AUUCCUAUUCUAGGGGCUGACCUAUGUUGCCGAUGCUGGUUCUCACGCUCAUUUUUUAUCCAGCAUAUUCUGGUAUUACCAUUUUUGUGCGUGGAUAAACUUUGCCAUGCACUACAUGCAACAAGUAGUUUUUAAUGGUUUAAAUAAUUUCCUUAAAAACUCCAAAGCACAUCCUUACAUAUAAGAAGUCAUGGAGAAAUUGAUGCGAGGAGUGAUCAUUAAAUUGACCCCCAUGGUCUGGUGUGGUGUAUCAUAAAAUGUCACUGUGGUUUGCGUGUAACUGUCACUAAAAAUUUCGUAGUGGUUAUUUUUUCAAAUAGAGGAGGGAUCGUAAAGUUGCAGAAAGUUUUAUUAUUAGUUUCUUUAAAAUGCUACUACGGAGACUAAAAUUUAGCACUAGCUGCCUAGCGUUACCUGGGUGAGGUUGGUGUGGGUCAGGUCUUGUGGAUCAUGGAUAAUUUAACCAUCAAUUCAAUAAACUCGCCGUGGCCUUUUGACUAUGAAAAUCCACCAAAAUUUGUUCCCUUCUGGUUCGAAAAUGUGAACACUUUCCGAUGGAAGGAGAUGAUGAUUCGGAAUCCCAACGUCGGAUGGUAUGCUUGUGCAGUUUACCUCACGGUCGUGUUCGCAUUGCAGUCUUACAUGAAAGAUCGUCCAGCGGUGAACGUGAGGAAAGUAAUGGUCGUGUGGAACACUUUUCUGACAAUAUUUUCGGCCUUUGGAUUCUAUCGGAUUGCACAAGAGCUACUCUUUAAUAUAUUUCAACCUGAUGGGUACUACCGGAGUGUUUGUGUCAGAGAGGGUCGAAACCUACCAGCGGACUUUUGGGGAAUGUUAUUUGUCUUGUCCAAAUUUUUUGAACUUGGCGACACAAUUUUCAUCGUUCUAAGAAAACAACCGCUGAUCGCUUUACAAUGGUAUCACCAUUCCGUCGUGACUCUUUUUGCCUGGAAGUUGUACCCUUGGGGAGAACCCAUCCUUUCCUACUACGCUGCCAUCAACUAUGGCGUCCACAGCGUCAUGUAUUGCUACUUUGCUGCCAGGGGGCUCAACCUUCGCAUCCCCGAACCAUUAGCCAUGUCAAUAACGACGCUACAAAUUUCACAAAUGAUUAUUAAUACGGGAAACAAUUUUUACACGAUGGCCAUGCUAUACUUUGGCCAUUCUUGCAGCAGACAUCCCACUUCCAUCACGUGGAGUUUGUUCGUUUACAUCUCUCUUUGGAUUCUGUUUGCGAAAUUCUUCCUGGGCAGAUAUUUCUCUAAAAAGGGAGCCCACAUAAAAGUGAAAUGAUUUCAUCACGCUUCUGCAACCAAAUACUAAACUUGGGUUACUGGUGUAGGUGCUUCUCUCAAGAUAGAUAUUCUUGAAUAUUUUUCCUAUCAGACCGGAUUAUGAGACUGAGUAUGGUAGUAUUGUGACAAUAAAAAUACCUAACUAAUACUAUCUAAA